ACGUUUCAGCAGCCGGUGACUGAGCAGCGGACGGAGCAGCAGACGGACACUGAGCGGAAUCUCGAUCAUACCGAACAUUUUUCUCUUUUAUUCUCUACCAACAGUGACUGACAGCUCUGCCUCCUUCACGGCCGCGUCCUCCCUCCUCGCUGAUGACUCAAAGCCAUCAUCUCCAAACCGCAAAAGUGAACUGACGGAGUGGACUUUUUAUGCUUUUUUGAUUUUUUUUUCCUGCAGCACGUCUCUCAUCAGGCCGAAUAUUAAAUUCCCACAGAGCUGCUUUCUGUGACAUCCAGAGGAGAUUAUCUUCCCGCAGACUCCCGCAUCUCUCUCGCUGUCUGUAGCUGACUCAUAUUUGCUGCGUUUGGGACCAUGGCGGAGUACAGCUCUCUGCUCAGCGACCUGUCUGAAAACAUCACCAACGAAGACUUGGAGCAGCUCAAGUCGGCCUGCAAGGAGGACAUCCCCGAGGACCAGAGCAACAACAUCACCUCCUCCAAGGAGUGGUUCAGCUACCUGGAGAAGAACGACAAGCUGGCCCAAGAUAAUCUGUCGUACAUCGAGCACAUCUUCGAGAUCUCGCGGCGACCGGACCUGCUGACGAGGGUGAUCGAGUACCGCACCACCGUGCUGAAGAUUUCUGAGGAUGACGAGAUCGACACCAAGCUCACACGCAUCCCCUCAGCCAAGAAAUACAAAGACAUCAUCCGCCAGCCCUCUGAAGAUGAGAUCAUCAAGUUGGCCCCGCCCCCUAAAAAAGUGUGAGGUCUCGACCCUCAGCUCUGAUCUUUGCACCUUGAUUUCUUCACUCCUGGCACUCCAAUCAACCGACCGACCGUUUCUGACCAACCCCAU